AUGUUCUCCCGGUACCUCCUCCGCGCUCACCCCCACCGCACAUCCCAACCUCUCAAAAAAGUUCCUCCCACACUCUCCUCUUUAACCCGAACCUACGCCCAACAACACAAACCCAGUCCUAACGCAUUCCGCCUCCCACCAACACUCACUCAACUCGUAACCAACCCUUCAAACCACCUGAACGGUGAAAUAGAAGUAUCAGGGUGGAUAAAGAGUAUCCGGAAACAAAAGAAUGUGGCAUUUGCGGUUCUGACGGAUGGAAGUUCUGACAAGGGUCUGCAAGCUGUAUUGGUUAGAGGAGAGGGAGAAGAGGACGGGGAUGUUUUGAGGAGUUUGACGAAUGGAGCAGCUGUGAGGUUGAGAGGGCGGUUGGUCGAGAGUCCGGGGAAGGGACAGAGUCACGAGCUUUUGGUGGAACGCGGGAAGGAGGGGGCGGUGGAGGUUUUGGGCGAGUGUGAUCCCGAGACCUACCCCAUACAAAAGAAACUCCUCUCAAACGAAUACCUGCGCGACAACGUCCAUUUACGAGCGAGGACGAGUCAGAAUGCUGCCAUGCUCAGGUUACGAAGCGGGUUGAGUCGCAGGUUGGGUGAAUGGUUUGAGAACCAAGGAUUCUACGCGGUAAACACACCCAUCCUCACCGCCAACGACGCAGAAGGAGCCGGAGAAUCCUUCAGAAUCGCACCUCUGCCUUCAGGGCAUCCAGCCGCCUCCCCUUCCCCUUCCACACCCACCUCAUCCACCCCAUCCACAUCUCCAUCCACAUCUCCAUCCACAUGCCCGUCCCCGUCCCCCUCUCACCCAAACUCCAACCAAAACCAACAACUAGAAGAAUUCUUCGGUCGUCCAGCCCACCUAACCGUCUCGCACCAGCUGCACCUUGAGGCGAUUGCGACGGGGUUGUCGAGGGUAUACACGCUUUCGCCUUGUUUCCGUGCUGAGCCAAGUUUGACGGGGAGGCAUUUGGCCGAGUUUUGGAUGCUGGAGGCCGAGUGGGCUUUUAUCCAACAGCAACAUCAGAACGGAGGAGGGGUGCACGAAGUAUGCGACGUCGUGGAGGCAAUGCUGAGGGGUACAGUCGGUCCACUCGUCAACCCCGCGAACCUAAACCCCGAUAUCCAAACCCUCUGGAAAUCCUCCGCCUCCUCGUCAGGUCAGAACGCAGCCUUGCACGACAAGAAGUUAUCAAACCUCCAAAGCGCAUUCGGAACGAACGAGUGGUGGCCAAGGAUGUCCUACACCGAGGCAAUAACCCAUCUCGAGACCGCGCCCAGGAGCACCAAGGCCAAAUGGGAGUUCGAGCCAAAAUGGGGACGACCGCUGCAAAGCGAGCAUGAGAGGUGGUUGGUGGAUGAGUUGGUGGGUGGGGGGAGGCCGGUAUUCGUUACUGAUUACCCGGUGGGCGUUAAACCCUUUUAUAUGAGGGAGAAUGAGCUCCGGGAGGGUGAGGGGGACGAGGGGAGGGGGACAGUAGCAUGCUUCGACCUCCUCGUCCCAGGCGUAGGCGAACUCGUAGGCGGGAGCGUCCGCGAGGAACGCCCGGAAAUCCUAUCCCGCAAGAUGCGCGAGGCAGGGCUAGCAGAUGGAGGAGCGUACAAGUGGUACGAAGAUAUCCGAAAAUACGGGGGUGCACCCCACGCUGGCUUCGGCAUGGGCUUCGAGCGCCUCGUCAGCUGGGUCGGAGGCGUCGAGAAUAUCAGAGAGUGCAUCCCAUUCCCGAGGUGGGCUGGGAGGCUUUUGCUUUAG